AUGUCGUCAACAUGGCAUCUGGCUGCGGCUGCCAGUGACAACAACGCAGGCGUAUCGACUACGCGCUGCGCAGUAGCUCACGGCCUCUCUCUCGGCCUCUCUCUCGGAGGCGUGAACUACACGACUCCAUACGACGCCGUGGUCGGCUAUUGCUCCACGAUUUCGGAUGCGACCAAAGAACGUCCUGGCGAUGUCGACUUUGCCCUCCGCGCUGUUCAAAGCUAUCUGCGAUUGUUUGACGGCGAGAAGCUGUUGAAUCCGAAUGCUGGAGAAGAGCCUAAAGUCUCGGCUGUGCAGAUUCUCAUCGACGAUGCCAGCAUUCCGAUGCGGCCUCAGUUCGAAGAUUGGGGUCCCAAGAACACCGGCGUGGAGCUGCCCGAGCGAGUUGAGGGUCAGAAUGCCAUCCGUUUUACCCGCGAUUCGAACAACAACAACCUUGUCGACGAGCUUAUUCCAGAGGCGGCCUAUAACGCCCUGUGCUUUGGGAUUAACAAGCCCGGUGCUACGGAGGGCGAGUCCGCAUUCUAUCUCCGCGUUGGCUCGGCACCUCAUAAUUAG